AUGCCACCACUUCCAGACUUCUCCGACAACCCCUUCCAAACCCGCAAUCAAUUUCAAGCCGCAGCCCGAACCUUAAUCCACGCAUUACGCCCCUUCCACUCACCAGGCGGCGCGCGCAUCAAACUCGCCUUAGCAACAGGCACGCAUUUCGACGAUGUGGCCGCGCAACUCGAAGGCUUUGCACGCCCCCUGUGGGCCAUUGGCGCUCUGGCACACGCCGCCGCCGCCUCGACGCCUCGUCCCUCUGAUGAGGCUCGAGAAACAAUCUCGCCCUUCGCCAGAGGCCUAGCCAACGGAACCGAUCCCAGUCACGCAGAGUACUGGGGCCCCGUGGUCCUGCGCGACCAGCGCAUGGUGGAAAUGGAAAUUAUUUCUUUUGCGCUGCUGGCGGCGCCGCAGAUGCUGUUUGAGGAGCAGACGGAGCAGGCAAGGGCGAACAUCACGGCUUGGUUGAAGACGAUCAAUGGCAAGGAUUUUCCCACGACGAAUUGGCUGUGGUUUAGGGUUAUGACGAAUUUGGCCUUGGUGCGCGUGUGUGGUGUACCGCGGGAGGAGGUGCUGGGGGCCAUGCAGGCGGAUUUGGAUCUCAUGGAGGAGUUUUAUAGGGGGGAGGGGUGGGCGGCGGAUGGGAUUUGGGGAGAUGAGGGACGUCAGGCGGAUUACUACUCUGGGAGCUUUGCGAUUCAGUUUUCGCAGCUGGUGUAUGUGAAGAUGGCGGGGGAUCUGGAUCCGGAGCGGUGCGAGCGGUUUCGAGGUCGAGCGAGGGAGUUUGCGAUGAGCUUCUGGAGGUACUUUGAUAAUAACGGCGCUGCUAUCCCCUUUGGCCGCAGUCUCACAUAUCGCUUUGCACUCGCAGGUUUCUGGUCCGCCAUCGCUUUCGCAGACGUCUCUCUGCCCGCACCUCUAGACGACUGGGGCGUAAUCAAAGGACUCCUCCUCCGCCACUUCCGCUGGUGGGCCACCAAACCCGACAUCUUCAACAGCGACGGCACCCUCACCAUCGGCUUCGCAUACCCAAACAUGUACCUGAGCGAAGACUACAACAGCCCGCAAUCCCCUUAUUGGGCCAUGAAAUCCUUCCUCGCACUAGCCCUCCCACCAACCCACCCCUUCUGGACAUCUGAAGAAAAACCGCUACCACACAGCGCUCCCCAUGCAAUCGUCCCAGUCAAACCUCCAAUGCACAUCCUCUGCAACAACCCAAACCACCACUUCCUCCUCUCCACCGGCCAAUUCUGCCCCUGGCCCCUCAAAGCCACAGAGGCCAAAUACGGAAAAUACGCAUACUCAUCUCACUUCUCCUUCAGCGUGCCCACCGGUCCUCUACUACAGCAACUCGCGCCAGACAGCACCCUCGCACUGAGCAAAGACGGCGGCGACACAUGGCGCGUACCGUGGAAAGUCAGCUCUCCCCGUUUCGACACCGUGGACCUGAUGCACAACGGCCAAGUCGCGCAAACAGUGCCUGCGCUGCGCAGCGAGUGGAAACCGUGGGUGGAUGCGGAGAUCGUGGUGUCAACGCUGCUUGUUGCGCCGUGUGUGCGCUGGCCGGAUUGGUAUGUACGCUGGCAUAGGAUCGAGAAUCACGGUGCGAGUGAUGUGCAGUUGAGGGCUGUGCAGGCUGGGUUUGCGAUUCAAGGGCGGGGGCGUAGGAAAGGAGAGGUACUGCCGGAAUUCACUAGUGUGUCGGAGCUUAAGAGUGCUGCUGUGCAGCAGGCCCAGCUGUCGUUCCCAGAAGGCACAGUGGUGGAUGAGGAUUCAACGGUUGUUUGCUCGGAUGCGGGUGCGAGUGGUGUUCGCAUGCUGAGGUUACAGGAAGAGCAGCAGACGCCUACCAUAAUGCGGCAGUGGGCGCAGAGUCUCAAGCCAGAUGCUAAUACGAAUUUGGUGUGGCAGCGGACCCUUAUACCGACAGUUGGUGUAGAUGCUGUUGCGAGGUGUUCGGCGCUUGAUGCUGAACCCGUGCUCUUUGGCUGCGCAGUAUUUGCAUUGGCGUUGACGGAGGAUAGAACAGAGACUUACGCUCAGAGGCUGGACAUGGAGAAACUGUGGAUGGAUACGCCGAUUGUUGGACACGAAAACGCCAAUGGUAAUGAGUGGUAUCUUAGAUUUGGUUAG